UCAGGAAUUAAAUGUUUGUUAAUGAAAUAUGCCUAUGUUAAUUUCAAUAUGUUAACUCACUCAGUUCUACUAAGGCAAGCAAAACUAAAUAGACUUACCUCUAUCUUUUACCUACAAAAUAGAUAUACAGCGUCAGUUCUCUUUUUGUUUCCAAUUCAAAGUGAAUAAUGAUGUCCAGGCUUUAACUAUAACUAAAUAUGUCAGAUGUAUAAAAAAUAAAAAAAACAUGUCAGGGUUCUAAAUUUGACAUUUGUUUAUACUGACAGGAUUUUACAUUAUUAUGACACAUUAUCUCAAUUUGAUAUCAUGAGAAAUGUAUACACAUUCAAACAAAAAAUGCUGAUGUAACUGGAAAAUGUUACAAAUUUAUGAGUGUAAGACUGUACUGGUUUUAUAUUUUAUUGUAGAAUGACAGACUACAGCUGAUAUUUGUCCACUCUUUAUCAGUUAUCUCUUUGUAAAGAGGCAAAGAUCUUCUUUAUGCUCAUUCUGAAUUGGAAGUUUAUUGUCCUGUUGUUAAGUUGUCGUAUUGACAUAGUAGUGCCUGGUGUGUAACUGUCCUCUUAUACGCUGCUCUUUAUCACAACGUACACACCUCAAGAGAUGACAAGGGGUGGCAUCUUAUCUAACACACACAGGGAAACACUGAAAAUCCUAGACCCCUGCCUGAGGCCCAACAGACGCAGACACGCAUGCUUGUACAUGCACAUGUAGAUAUUUUAAUACUCAUGUUAAUUCCCCUAUUAUUUACAUUUACAUUUAUUCACUUAGCAGACGCUUUUAUCCAAAGUGACUUACAAAUGAGAAAGAUACAAGCAAAGCGAUAUCAAGCAGAGAACAAUACAAGAAGUGCUACCAUACGAGAUCUAUUAAUUGAAUUCCAGAAGAAGCAAAGUGCAGAGUAGAGGUGUAAGUGCAAUUUUUUUUUUAUUUUUUUAUUUUUUUUUAUGAGUUUGUUAGGUGUUCAUAGAAGAGGUGGGUCUUUAGUUCUUUUUUGAAGAUGGUGAGAGAUUCUGCGGUCCGGAUUGAGAUUGGAAGUGCAUUCCACCACUGAGGAACAGUUAGUGUGAAGGUUUUGGAAAGGGACCUUGCACCACGCUGAGUUGGAACUGCUAAACGUCGGUCGCUAAUCGAUUGCAGAUUGCAAGAGGGAACGUAGGCCUUCAGGAGAGAGUUGAGGUAGGAGGGUGCUGUUCCUGACAAGGUCUUGUAGGUGAGCAUCAAGGCCUUGAACUUGAACAGGAAGCCAGUGGAGGGAGAUGAAGAGGGGUGCGACAUGGGUUCUCUUGGACUGGUUGAAGACGAGGCGCGCUGCAGCAUUCUGAAUCAUCUCAAGGGGUUUGAUGGAGCUGGCUGGGAGGCCCGAAAGAUGAACCUACAGGACCUUGCAGUUGCUGAGAUAUGGUCUGCAAAGGUCAAGCCAUCAUCAAGAAUCACCCCAAGGUUCCUGGCCAUCCUGGUUGGCAUGAGUGCAGGCCAUGAUGGAGAGAAUGUGGGGAACUGUCCCUUCUGUCAGAGUCUCUUCAUGGUGCUGUGGCUGAAAGGAGUCAAAUUCACAGUUACUACAGUCGAUAUGAGGAAGAAGCCAGAGGAGUUGAAAGACUUAGCUCCAGGGACUAACCCUCCUUUCCUCCUAUACAACGGUGCCCUUAAGACUGACUUCAUGAAGAUUGAGGAGUUUCUCGAGGCAACUCUUGCCCCUCCCAGAUACCCUCAUCUCAGUCCUCUGAAUAAAGAGUCAUUUGAUGUGGGUGCUGAUAUUUUCGCCAAGUUUUCUGCUUUCAUCAAGAACAGUCCAAAUAACCGAGUACAAGAGCAGGCUUUGCUAAGGGAGUUUACACGCCUUGAUAAUUAUCUAAACACACCACUGCCUGAGGAAAUAGACCACAACUCCACCGAGGACAUUUCUGUCUCCAAGAGGAAGUACCUCGAUGGCAACCGCCUGACGUUGGCAGACUGCAACUUGCUGCCCAAAUUACAUGUGAUCAAGGUUGCUGCCAAGAAGUACUGUAACUUUGAGAUUCCGGCUCAUUUCACUGGCGUACAUCGCUACUUGCAGUAUGCAUAUGAGAGAGAGGAGUUCAGACAGACUUGUCCAGCCAGCGUUGAGAUUGAAAAAGCCUAUCUGAGUGUUGCUAGUAAGAGGACAUAAAUCUCCAGCUAAGACAGUCUUGCAUUUCCAUCAACUCUAAACAUGAAGGAGGACAUUCAGCCUAAAUUUUGUAAAUAGCUUUAAAUUAAUUAAAGUGUCAGGUUCAGUUUAAAUAACUGAAUUCUGUGAGUGUGGUAUAAUAUUGAGUAUAAUAUUGAAAUGUUUAUUAAUGUGCUGAAUUGUGCUAGUGUGCCAUUUAAUGUAGAAUUUUCCCCCAUUUAUUUAGCCCAUUAACGUAAAUCACUAGAGAUUCAGAUAAGUAAUUCUCUAGAAAUGUUAUUUAAUGAUGAAUAAUAUCUUAAUUUGUCAUAUUGGCAUGUUAUAUUUUUCAAACAGGAAUCCCUGAAUAAUUGCUUUAUAAUUCACUUGCAUAACCCCUUAUGUAACCUACUAAAUGAGUCAUUUGUGCAAUUUAAUGUUCAUCAAAUGUGAUUUGCUUUGUCCAUAGUGUAUAUAUGUAUUUUACACAGAGAAAAAUUAUUUUAAAAGUGUUUACACUCUUUUUUUUCAUUUAAUUUUUUUGUUUUUAGUUCUAUGGGAUUUUUUCUAGGGAAAUAUUUUAUCUGAAGCCCUACAAGAAAGCGUUUCUAUUUGAUAAAAGUUUCCAAGAUGAGGCCUUUAAGAAAGCUACAUCUGUUAACCAUACAACAGAACCUGGAAGAACCUUUUCCCCCCUGAGUUUAUCUAUUUAAUCCUAACAUUUACACGUUUUAUAUAUAUAUAUAUAAGAAAAUGUUACAUUCAGAUCAUAGUACCAUUACUAAAGAAAAAGGUCAAAUGUAUUUCAUUUCACAAUUUUAAUUAAAAAUAAAAAUCAUUUCAUACAUAUCA